AUGGCGGAACGUGGAGGAAUUCCCACUUUUAAUCUAGAAGAUGAUGAUGGUGCUGAUGAUGCUUCUGCAGCUGCUGCCCCCGGCCUUCCUGCUGCUCCCAAGCUUUCCCUUGCUUCCCCACCUUUGAAGAAAAGCAAGUCCGUCGUCAUCACCGGGAACAAUGACGAGCAAACAGACCCAGGCGAAGCAGACCUUGAACCAGCCUUUCCCCCACCCCCGCUCCUGGCCCUUCCUGCUGCUGACACUGCCAUGGGACCGCUGGAGCAACAAUCUCUCCACACUGUGUUGAACCAAUGGGCAGAACGAUUGGAAAACACCUUGAGCAGAACAGUUGGCAGAAAACUGGACGCGAUCCAAGCCAACCAGCAAGUUGUACUCCAAACAGUUGAUGCACACACUUCCCAAAUCUCCUCACUUGCUCAAGGGCUUGACGGAGUCAAGGCGAAAAUCCAGAAACUUGAAGCUUCCCCACCUCAACAUCAAGAAGGUGCUGGCUCCCAGGUUCAACAGCUACAAAAAGAUCUACGAGUGCUGACUGACAAGGUUGAUCAACUCUCAUCGCUCUCUGCUCGGGCUCCCUCAGCUCCUCCACCUCAGCGUGACUCUGCAGCACCUGUGCACGACACCUCUCGUCGAGCCCGCUCCGCUGCGCCUUUCCGGCGUAUGACCUCUGACGAUGCCCCACUCAUUGACUGGAACCACCUUGUGAUUGGCGGUUGGGGUGUCGACACCAGGCGUGACACAAUCCAUGCAGAGGCAACGCAACUGCUCGAAAAGAUGCAAGCCAGUGACAAAGUGGUUGAAGUCAUAGUGUACGGCAAACGCUCCUCCACCUGCCACGUUUUUCUUCAACCCCUGCCUGAGCCAGAUGCACGACAGCAAAUCCUUUCUUGGCAAGCCCAAUUCAAGGACAAGUUCGUCCUACCCAGCUCUGGCAAGCCCGCAUGGCUCACAGCCCACAAGAGCACUCAACUUCGCUUCAAAAACCGCAUCACAAAGCAAGCACUCCAUCUGGUUCAAACACUCCUUGGCCAAGGGUCUACGAAGCAGGUUGACUGCGAUUGGGCUCGUCAACUCAUUUGGGUCGAUGACUGCCGAGUUGCUGGUGCCCGCAUUGGCGAUUUCGACCCAGAGCCUAACGCCACACUCUGUGAGCACAAUCUCCGCGAUGACAAGCUGCAACAGGCUGCCUCCCUUCACUUUCAUGCCUCCCGCCUUGCACGGGUCACUGGCAAGACAGUCCCUGACAUCCAGCAAUUCCUGGCCCAGCCCAGGAUCGCCAAUGCUCAGCUGCCCCAUGGGCACAGCCUGCAACCCUUGCAGCUGGCCACGUGGAAUGUUCAUGGAAAAUCCAUCUGCCAGACUGCUGCGGCUUUGGCUGAUCAACAAAUUAGCUUUGAUGCUCUUGCUCUUCAAGAGGUUGGUGCCCUUCCUGAAGGAAUUGAUGCCGACCCUUCGCUGCUCAUUGAUGCCGCCGAUCUUCCGAUUGCAGCUCGUGAUGACCUCGCCAAUUACUGGAUCCUCGGCACCAACAACCUUCAAAGUCAUUUGGGUCAAGCCCUUCUUUUCGACAAAACACUGUUCCCAGCAAUUCUCCAAGUCCACAAGGGACAGCGAUCCCUUGGAGCGAAGUUGGCCCUUCGAUCGGGAGGUUUUCUCUGGAUCCUGGGCGUCCACUUCCCCCACCAUCAAAACGACAUGGACGUCUACGCUGCGGCCACUCGGGAAAUCCACUCCUUUGCUGCAAAGGUUCAGGGCACUCCUUUUCUCAUUGCAGGCGAUUGGAACUCACAACCCGAUGGCCCCAACAUGGACCAGCAAGCCCUGGAGAUCGCUUGCUUGGCGGCUGAAGACCUUCUGCACAUUGCCAUGCCUGCGGGCCCCACUUGGCAACGCAAAACCUAUGACUUCUUCCUGUGCUCCCAGCACCUGCACUCGAAGUUGAGCCCAGCGACUGCACAACCAUACACCGUUCCCCACAUGCGUGAUCUCCUUCCCUCUGAUCACCACCUGGUCGCUUGGGACUUAGUCUGGGAAAAGGGGUCCAAGCGCAAGCGCGCUUCCCACUUCCACACUGCCAAGUGGACUAUCAAUUCCGAAGCUUUGGCAGCAGCCAUCCAAUCAGCUGCCCCUGCCCGGACUGCCUGGGACGAGCUAUGCCGCCUGGCCCACUGCUCCCAACGCCGAGCCCUCAGCAAAAAAUAUGUGGACCCGCCAGCCUUGAAACAACUUUGCCAGCUUCGCAACAACACCUUCGACACCACUCUUCGUGCAUCCCUGUCUCGGCAGAUCCUCCAUCAAAGGCGCGAAGCAAAGCAGCAAUGGGCCCUUGAUCUCCAAAAUGAUGCAGCAAUGGGAGACGAUGCCAGCAUUGCUUUCCUCAAAGCCCGUCGGCGGAAGGCCUCCAAUUGGACCACUUUGAUCGACACAUGUGGCAGCCGUGAAGCGGCCGCUGACGCUGUUCGAACCCACUUCGCCCAAGUCUUCUCCGCCACCCCUGCCAAGCAGCGCGACCAGGAAUGCAGCCAGUCCCUUCACACUUUGUCUGCGCACAUGGGUGCCACAAAGCCCUUACCCAUUGCAAGCCCAGAACUCCACACUGCCCUGCUCAAGCUGCACCGAGGCAAGACCUCUGGAGCCUCUGGCAUGUCCAAUGAAUUUCUGCUUGCAGCCGCCCAACACACAGAAGGGGAACAUCUACUCCUGCAAGCCCUCAACGACAUGUUCUUGCAGGGCAACUUCCACCCAGACCUCACCCGCGGGGUCGCCUGCCUGAUUCCCAAGAUCCAGCAGGCCAAGACAGCAAACGACAUUCGCCCCAUCCUCCUGCUAGAGGUCUUGCAAAAGGUUUUCUGCAGGAUCCUCAUGACGAGAUUGCAGCCGCUUUGGUGCCCUCUCUUUGCUCAACUCGGCGCUGUGCCAGGGGGGCAGGCAAUUGAGGCUCUUUUUGCAGCGCACAGCAUGAUGAGUAUCGCAAAGGUGAUGCACAAACACUACCUUUUUAUCAAGAUGGAUCUGAAAGGAGCUUUCGAUAACCUCAAACAUGCCAGUGUUGCUCAAUUUUUGGCUUCCUUACCACCAUCGGCGGCGUGGGAAGCAAAACGGCUACUGCAACUUCUGCUCAGUCAAACUCUCGACUUCCAGUUCUUGCAAGAAGAAUGGCAGCUCCGCAGCACCGCUGGAACACCUCAAGGUGGAUCACACUCUGCUGGUCUCUUUGCUCGUACGUUGGACUACUUCUUGGCAAAACUGGUGACAAAAUGGGAGCGUUUGGGAUACCGGGCUCCUUUUGACCCCUUGUGGCUUCUGCUGUAUGUGGACGACAUCAUGCUCUGCUUUAAGAAUUGGAGACAAGCCUGCGCCCUGAUGCCCUCCUUCUUGGACAUGCUGAACUCCAUUGGCAUGAAGGUCAACUUUAGCAAGAGCUGUGUCAUUGUCGAUGCAGUGCUGCUACGUGCUGCCGCCACAGAAUGCACAAGCCCACUUCUCCGGGAGUUUCAAUGGAGCGAGACAACGUCCUACCUCAACCGCCCUUUUGGCUACCAGGUGUCAGUGGAAACGCUAUGCCAACAAGUAGCUCAGAAAGUCCAUGCUGCAUGGGGUAGCCUCAGAUGCAUUUUGGGGAGACGCUGGUGGACAAACCCGUCCCAAACAGAUACUCUUCUGACAAAACAUGUUGGUUCUGUAUUUCUGUGGCUAUCUCCCGUCCUUUACCCAUACAGUGCAGUACUCAACAGCAUUCAAACACUCCAAACCACGGUCUUUGCAGAUGCGCUGGGGCUCUUCAUUCCUGAUCUCAGCUAUGAUACAGCGGUGCAACUUGUUCGCCUCAGGCGCCAUGUGGUCAAAAGAUGGUUGCUUCAUGUCGCUCCCGCAGGCAAUUGGUGUGCCAAGCUCCUUAGGCGCUUGUGGACCUUUACGGGGCAUAUCUGUCGUCAAACAUCUCAUCCGUCGCAGCCGGCGCGAGUGAUGAUGGGCCUUUUCGCCUCAACUCAUGCGCAUGGGUUAGCCAGACCUGGCCCAUGGAAGACACUGCAUGCAUUGUUCCACAAGUUCUGGACAUCACAUGAGCUGGAAGGUGACUUUCUCAACACUGCUUUGGAUCGUGAAUCUUGGAAAACCCUUGAGCCAGCCUUCGUUCAAUGGUUUCAACCCUCCACUCGCUGCAACGUGGAGUUUUUGCAAUGCAGUCCGUGGGAAUCGCCGGACAUGCUUCUACGAGCACACGUCCCAUGGGUACACACAAUUGUUGUUCAACUGACCAACGUUGCAGACAACAGAUGGCGGCUUGCAGUCACCUGGCUCGACGAAACGGAUGGGAUGUGCUCCUGGAGCCACUUUUCUGACCAGAACUCCAAACUCACCACCUUCACUUCGGGAAUGGCAUGCUGCCUUCGAUAUUUGGCAAUGAUAUACCAACCCUUUGUCAUACAGAUCGCUUUCGCAACCGCAUCUGACUGGGCACUCGUCUUUGCCAACAGUGAAGCCGUCAAUAGCAUGCUGUGGCCGGCGGGGCUUGGAAUGGCCUUGGGUUUCUCGGUGUUGGCAGCUGCCACCAAAGCAACUGGCACCCGCCUCUCAUCCUAUGAAAGAAUCUUUCUGCGGAGCUGUUUCUGCGUGCUGUUAGCGCCCAUCGCCGGGGAGAAUUCCUUCCCGCCGGUGUCAUCACCCAACCGACGUUUGCUGAUGCUGCGAGGUGCCCUUGGCUUCAUUGCAGUUUCGUCCUACUACGAGGCCAUUGCGCGCAUCCCCUUGGCUACCCUCACUUUGAUAUCCAGGUUACAUCCGCUGCUGUCCACCGCCUUGGCGGGGCUGAUUCUGGGAGAACCCGUGCCGCGACAGCAGAUGGUCGUCUUGCUGGUUGCGACACUGGGGACUGCCUUGUUGACUCCAGCCGAGGAGCUGUUCUCUUCUGAUGGUAGUGCCUGGGGCUACUCUGCCGCAUUGCUGGCAGCGUUGUUCACUGCCUUGGCACUCCUCUGCGUUCGAACGCUCACAGUUUUGGGCGAGCCCGCCCAUCAUGCGCGAGAAGCAUUUCAUUGGGGAAACCUCUGUGGAUCGUUGGCGCUUGGCUUGCCACGAGGCUUCUCCUGGCCCAGCUACAACGAGGCGCUGUGGAUCUUGAUCACCGCCGUGUCGAUGCAGUUGGCGCAGCUGGCCCUGACGCAUGUUUUGCGCAGCCCGGUGGUGAGUGCCACCAAAUAUUUCUUCCUAAACGUGGUGUUGAACUUAGCUUUCGGGGUUUUGCUGGGCGACCCCUGGCCCUCAGCACGCGAGACCUUCGGAGCCGCCGUGAUUUUGCUCAGCAUUGCAUACGGUGGUUCUAUUGAAGCGGUUCCUGUUGCGACUCCGGCUGUGGCAACGCCCAAAAAGUCCAGUCGGAUGCAAGAUGAGUACGGUUGGCCAGGGCCACUGUUCUCUCCCGAGCCAGGUGCCACAAGCACUUCAUUUGACGUGGACGUGGUGCUGAAAGGUUCAAGGUGGCGAAUCCGAGACGUUCGACACAGCCAGGAAGUUCAUGCGGCUGGAGGCAUCACCAUCUCCAUCUUCCGGACAGAAGCUCAGACGGUGCUGCAAGUUUCCGACUGUAGAGGAGAUGCAGAGAGCAAGUCCCAGACUGAGGCUGUGUGGUCUCAAAAGGUUGAAGUGAAACUAAGCCGGGUCGGCAUAUCCUUGAUCCUGGCGCCGGUCGAGUUGUUCUAUGCCCAGCUGGAAGUCAUUCGUUUGGAGUUGCGCCAAGGUUCAGCAGAAGCCCAACAGCUGCGCUUGUCUGUGGCAGCCGCUCAGGUGGAUUGUCAGCUCUCCAAUCGUGUGGAUGCCAGGAAUGGUUUCGGUCGCUCCCUACCAGCCCGAUCAGUACUACCGGCAAUGAUCUUUGCCAAUCGCGGGGAUGGAGGCCGAGCUUUUCUGAGUCUCUACAUCCAGAGGGCAUCCACUUCCCAAGAUUGGAUGGUAGCGAAGCAUCGCCAUCCUUUGCCGUGA